AUGAUUCACGGACGACCGGUACGUGUCCGAUUCGCGGUACACGGUGCCGCGUUGAAAGUGAAAGAACUGUCGCCAACAGUGUCCAACGAGAUGCUCUAUCAUGCAUUCUCGGCAUUCGGCGAAGUGGAACGUGCCGUGCACAUAGUCGACGAGAAGGGAAGACCCACCGGCGAGGGAAUUGUCGAAUUUGAGCGAAAGCCUUCGGCUAACGAGGCACUGCAUCAGAUUCGUGACAAAGUAUUCCUACUGACAUCGUGA